AUGGAUUGGACUGGAUUACUUGCUUGGUCAAUAGAUUAAAAGAAGGGAGAGAAAUUUGAUACCUCUAUAAAGCCUAUGGAUGAGGAGACUAAAAAAUGGUUAACCGAAGCAUUAUAAAGCUAUUCUGUCGACGAAUUUUAAAUGAUAAAAGACCUGCUAGAUAAAAUAGCUAAACCAGAAUAAGAGAAUGAAGAAGAAUAACGUUUGGAAUGGUUUGAUUAAUUAAUGGAACUAUUAGAUGCUUUGGAUAGAGCUAAUGAUUUCUGUAAAAUUGGUGGGUUGAACUUAAUGUUCAAUUAUUAUUAGACUACUAAGUUUGAUUCAAUCAAAUUAUAAAGCCUAAAAAUUAUUGCAAAUUGUAAUCAAAACAACGCUUUUGUUUAAGAGUAUUGUGGAUAAAAUAAUUAUCUUAAAAUAGUUCAAGAAAUAGAGAAAAUUGAUAAUCUAAAAAUAAAGGAGCAUCUUAUAAGUGCAAUUUCGAGUAUGAUAAGAGGGGAAUGCUUGAAUAAUAAAAGGAAAUUUAUAGAUAUGAACGGAAUAUAAAUAUUAUUAAAUCAUUUAGACUCAAAUAGAUGUAUCGAGAAAAUUGCAAAUAUAUACAGAGAUCUAUUAUAUUAUGAUGAUGAAUUACAUAAGACUUAUCAUGAUUUAUCUAAGUUUUCAAAUACUGCUGGAUAAACAUUAAAAUAACAGGAUAAAAAGAAUUAUAAUCUAACGACAGACAUCAAUGAUGAACUAUUAAAAUCUAAUGAACUUCCUGAAAAUACGAAGUAUAAAGGUAUAGUCAAACAAAUAUUGGUAUCUUUGAAUUUUUUUGGUUAUGCAAAUAAAUUCAUUUUUGAUACCUCUAUUAAAACCUCUGAUCUAAGAAUAUAAUACCUAUAAUGUUCAGUAAUAUUGUUAAAAGUGCAAAAUAAUCAAGAAUUUAAAUUGUUUAUUUAAACUCAUUUGGAUCACCUAUCAAAGGAACAAGAUUAAGACGAAGGAGAAUUAAGUUUAUGUAAAUAAAUUUUGUGAUUUUAUUAUUAAUUUUUGUAAUUAUAAUAACAUGAAAACUAUUCAAUUCCUUUCACAAAUUUGAUAUUUGCAAGAGAAUUGGAAAAAACUUCUAUUCUUUAUUCAAUUUUUUUCUGGUUUAAAAUUGUCCUUAUGAGUGAAACAUCUUUGGAAGUACAAAAUUCAAAAAAAUUUAAGAUUUGUUUUGAUAGAGCCAUAAGUUUAAUUUCGCAUUAUUUUUAGAUCUGCUCAAUAGAAUAAAUGAUAUAUUCCAAAAUUAACAUUUAAAUAUCUGAGUCGGAUGAAACUAUGAAAAUGAAAUUCAUUAUGGGGCUCAAUAAGAACAGAAUAUCUUACAAUGAUAUCAUUAAAAAGUAAUUUAUAAUAAAAUAUAAAGAUAGCUAUGUUUUAAGCUAUAAAUCAUGAAAUUAUAAGUUUAAUUAUUUUCAUUGAACUGA